AUGCCAUCGGACGUACUAGCGAACUUCAUUUCUGCAACUGUCGUGUUAGGCCUCAUGCCAACAUUACUGUCAACAAUUGCACCGAGUAUCGCUGAGAUGGCGCUGCUUUCAGCCCAUCGGCCAGCACUGAGUUUCCUAAUCGCAUUGGGCGCACCAUCAAUCUGGCCAACAAAAUUAAUUGAGUAUAAUGACCCAACUCGUUAUGUGCUGGUAGCAGGUGCAGUUUUCAACAUCGUAUGGACAAGCUUGGAACUUGGUCGUAACAGUAUUCUGAGCUGGGGAUGCACAACCACUUUUGGUCCUCUACUCUGGACUUCACUCGCUGGCGUAGUCCAUCUUGUUGCGGCAUUUAGUUUUGCGUACGCGAGAAGCAGUGCACAUUCACGGCAAGAGAGUGCGAAUAAGGGAAUCAGAAAUUGGAACGCCACGAAAGGUUUUCGCAAAAUCAUAGGACUAUUGGGAAAAGAAUUCACGCUUUGCGCCGAACAAUCGUUGGGUCAAUAUGACGGGAACAAUGCAGUACCACCUCUGGAGGUCGUUGCCAACGUGCUGGCUGGAUGUGGCGGAUUUAUCUAUCUAAUGUUUGGCAUCAUUAUCUUCUAA